GGCAGGAGCAGGGCUCAGUUACACUGUGACCCCGGAGCAGGGAGCCCAUCCCAGUCCACCCUCUGCGGCCUGGCUCCCGCCCCCUGCACAGCCCCAGAAGACCUGUCCUCGCUGUGUGGCCUGCCCAAGCUGCGUCUCCACUCUGAUCCUCAGUCCCGCAUCCGGGCAGCAGGGCCGGAGUGCCACCCUGCCUGCCCUCCACGCUGUCAGGAUGAUUCAGAGACCUGGUACAAAAGAACUCCCGACUGAGGAAGGGAAGUCCCUGUGGGAGCUGGUGCUGGAACAGUUUGAGGACCUCCUGGUGCGCAUCCUGCUGCUGGCGGCCCUGGUCUCCUUCGUCCUGGCCUGGUUCGAGGAGGGUGAGGAGACCAUGACAGCCUUCGUGGAGCCCCUGGUCAUCAUGCUGAUCCUCGUGGCCAAUGCCAUCGUGGGCGUGUGGCAGGAACGCAAUGCCGAGAGUGCUAUCGAGGCCUUGAAGGAGUAUGAACCUGAGAUGGGCAAGGUGGUCCGCUCGGAUCGCAAGGGCGUGCAGAGGAUCCACGCCCGGGACAUCGUGCCCGGAGACAUCGUAGAAGUGGCAGUGGGGGACAAAGUGCCUGCCGACCUCCGUCUCAUCGAGAUCAAGUCGACCACGCUGAGAGUGGACCAGUCCAUCCUGACGGGUGAAUCCGUGUCCGUGACCAAACACACAGAUGCCAUCCCAGACCCCAGAGCUGUGAACCAGGACAAGAAGAACAUGCUGUUUUCUGGCACCAAUAUCGCGUCGGGCAAGGCCGUGGGCGUGGCAGUGGCCACGGGCCUGCACACGGAGCUGGGCAAGAUCCGCAGCCAGAUGGCGGCGGUGGAGCCAGAGCGGACGCCACUGCAGCGCAAGCUGGACGAGUUCGGGCGGCAGCUGUCCCGCGCCAUCUCCGUGAUCUGCGUGGCCGUGUGGGUCAUCAACGUCAACCACUUUGCCGACCCGGCCCACGGCGGCUCCUGGCUGCGUGGCGCCGUCUACUACUUCAAGAUCGCCGUGGCCCUGGCUGUGGCUGCCAUCCCCGAGGGCCUCCCGGCUGUCAUCACCACAUGCCUGGCGCUGGGCACAAGGCGCAUGGCACGCAAGAACGCCAUCGUGCGGAGCCUGCCCUCCGUGGAGACCCUGGGCUGCACCUCGGUCAUCUGCUCCGACAAGACGGGCACACUCACCACCAAUCAGAUGUCUGUCUGCAGGAUGUUCGUGGUAGCGGAGGCCGAAGCGAGCUCCUGCCGUUUGCACGAGUUCACCAUCUCGGGUACCACCUAUACCCCCGAGGGCGAAGUGCGGCAGGGGGAGCAGCCUGUGCGCUGCGGGCAGUUCGAUGGGCUGGUGGAACUGGCGACCAUCUGCGCCCUGUGCAACGACUCGGCGCUGGACUACAACGAGGCCAAGGGCGUGUAUGAGAAGGUAGGAGAGGCCACAGAGACGGCUCUGACUAGCCUGGUGGAGAAGAUGAACGUGUUCGACACCGACCUGCAGGCCCUGUCCCGGGUGGAGCGAGCUGGCGCCUGCAAUGCAGUCAUCAAGCAGCUGAUGCGGAAGGAGUUCACCCUCGAGUUCUCCCGAGACCGGAAGUCCAUGUCGGUGUACUGCACACCCACCCGCCCCGACCCCACAGGCCCGGGCAGCAAGAUGUUUGUGAAGGGGGCCCCCGAGAGUGUGAUCGAGCGCUGCAGCUCCGUCCGUGUGGGGAGCCGUACAGCCCCCCUGACCACCACCUCCAGGGAGCAGAUCCUGGCAAAGAUCCGGGACUGGGGCUCAGGCUCCGACACGCUGCGCUGCCUAGCGCUGGCCACCCGGGAUGCGCCCCCGAGGAAGGAGGACAUGCAGCUGGACGACUGCAGCAAGUUUGCGCAGUACGAGACAGACCUGACCUUCGUGGGCUGCGUGGGCAUGCUGGACCCGCCGAGGCCCGAGGUGGCCGCCUGCAUCACGCGCUGCCACCAGGCGGGCAUCCGAGUGGUCAUGAUCACAGGGGAUAACAAAGGCACGGCCGUGGCCAUCUGCCGCAGGCUGGGCAUCUUUGGGGACACGGAGGACGUGGAGGGCAAGGCCUACACAGGCCGAGAAUUCGACGACCUCAGCCCGGAGCAGCAACGCCACGCCUGCCGCACCGCCUGCUGCUUCGCGCGGGUGGAGCCCACGCACAAGUCCCGCAUCGUGGAGAACCUGCAGUCCUUCGAUGAGAUCACCGCCAUGACUGGCGAUGGGGUGAAUGACGCCCCAGCCCUGAAGAAAGCGGAGAUCGGCAUCGCCAUGGGCUCAGGCACUGCCGUGGCCAAGUCGGCCGCAGAGAUGGUGCUGUCAGAUGACAACUUUGCCUCCAUCGUGGCUGCGGUGGAGGAGGGCCGCGCCAUCUACAACAACAUGAAGCAAUUCAUCCGCUACCUCAUCUCCUCCAACGUGGGCGAGGUUGUCUGCAUCUUCCUCACGGCAAUUCUGGGCCUGCCCGAAGCUCUGAUCCCUGUGCAGCUGCUCUGGGUCAACCUGGUGACAGACGGCCUACCUGCCACGGCCCUGGGCUUCAACCCGCCAGACCUAGACAUCAUGCAGAAGCUGCCCCGGAACCCUCGAGAGGCCCUCAUCAGUGGCUGGCUCUUCUUCCGAUACCUGGCUAUUGGAGUGUACGUAGGCCUGGCCACGGUGGCUGCCGCCACCUGGUGGUUCCUGUAUGACGCCGAGGGACCUCACGUCACCUUCCACCAGCUGAGGAACUUCCUGAAGUGCUCCGAAGACAACCCCCUGUUCGCCGGCGUUGACUGCGAGGUCUUCGAGUCCCGCUUCCCCACCACCAUGGCCUUGUCUGUGCUCGUGACCAUUGAGAUGUGCAACGCCCUCAACAGUGUCUCGGAGAACCAAUCACUGCUGCGGAUGCCGCCCUGGCUGAACCCCUGGCUGCUGGCAGCUGUGGCCAUGUCCAUGGCCCUGCACUUCCUCAUCCUGCUCGUGCCACCCCUGCCCCUCAUUUUCCAGGUGACCCCUCUGAGCGGGCGCCAGUGGGUGGUGGUGCUGCAGAUAUCCCUGCCUGUCAUCCUGCUGGACGAGGCCCUCAAGUACCUGUCCCGGAACCACAUGGACGGCAUUCUCAGGACAGUCUCCCGGGCCUGGAGUAGGCAGCCGCUGACCACCUCCCGGACCCCGGACCCCACCGGAAGACAAGAAGCAAAAGUGAGUGCUGGGAACAGAGUGGAGUCUCCCGUGUGUACCUCGGACUGACGGUGCCCAGCGUUCGCCCCCACGCCCCGCCCUGCCACCGCGCUCGCCCACUUGCCCACCGGGCCCUGCUGGACACGUGACGGGCCCCAAGCCAGAGCUGGCAACAGAUCCAGAGGUCCAGAGCCCCUCUCCGCCCACGUGCUCAGGCACAUUCCGGAGCCCGCUCCCCCCGGCUUGGAGGCUGGGCGUUUGCUUGGUGACUGGUGCCUCUGCGCUGAUGGAGGACUCCUGGGGCCCCUCUCCCUGGCUCUGACCUCUCCCCCAGUGCCUGUGCUGGAGCCUGGUUAGCCCUGCGGAGGAGUCGAAGGGGGCCAUGUGGGCCCAGCUGUGCAGAGCCAGGGCGGGCAGCCCCCUCCACUCCGCUCUGCCUCCACGAAGUCGGCUCCUGAGAGCUUGAGCCUGUUUCUGUUUAUAUGUGCAGGCCCCAGGGGGUUGACGGGUCAGAGAGAGGGACACAAGGCACAGGGAGGAGGGGCAGGGCGAGGACCCCCUUUCCCAGGAGACGGGCUGGUCUGCCUGCCUCAGCCGCCUCACUUCCCGAACUCAGGUCUCCCUGCCCCAAGCAAAUGAGACGUUACAGAGUCUGGGUGUGGCCUGGUCUGCCGAGCAGAGAUUGUAAGUGCCAUCCCUGUCCCUGGUGCCUGUGACCCUGGACAUCCUCGGGUCCCUGACCACUGUGCCCUUUCCCCCACCCCGGAGGGUGGCCAUCAUGCUGUCUGCACAGUGGGGUGACUGGUGGUUGCUCCUGGGCUCCCAGCCUCACUCUUUGCUCCCCACAAACCCCCGUGAGCCAAAAGGAUGUCACUGAGGAUGGCUAAUGACCCAGGGGCACUUCCCCUCCCCACUCCCUGAUGGAGGAACGCAUCGCUGCGUGGAUCCUGCAUGGAUCGGGUCAGAUGAUACGGCAUUAGAUGGACAGACUUUUUCUCUUAACUCAGCUUUUAUUCCUUUGACAAAAGCUAGCUAGGUGUAGCAGAAGACAGUGAGUAAUGACUGUCCAUGUAUCUUUGCCCCUCCUAGAGAGUGUACAAAGUGAUUAUUUUAUACAUAAAUCAAGACUCACGUUUUUAUCCUGAUCCCCAGAAUCCCAAGCCCUCUUAGCCUGCCUGGCAGGCAAAUGGUCUCCACGUUCUGCAGCCCCCUGCCCCUCCCCUCUCUCGCAGUUUGGGUGGGGGGUGGUUCUGCUGCAGCAGAGAUUCUCUGCUUCUUUCCUGGGGUGGGGGGAGGUCUUAGCUGGGGCAGAGCCCUGUACCGCCCUGCUGACGUGCUGUUUGUUAGGGAAAUAAAGGUUGUGUUCCUUGCA